UACAGCUGUUAAUUGUUUGAAGUUUGUUUUUAAUUUUAUUUAAUAUUUAAAAUGAAAUUUCUUAUAUUUGUGUUAAUUAUCCUGCCAUACAUAUUAGCUGAUGAUGAGUCAGAAACAUCAGAUGUGGAAGGUACUACAGAAGCGGCAGAAGAAACUGUAACUGGAGCUGAAGAUGCAGACUCCGGAGAAAAACCAGAAGAUUCCGAAGAAACUACUUCAGACUCUGGCACGGGAGAGACAGAUGAAACACAUGAUGGCCAACCGCCCACCAGUGGCGAAGAGGAUAUUCCCAUAGAUGAGGGCGAUUAUGGAUAUUUUGACUAUUCUAUGGGACCUUAUCCUGGAUAUUCUGGAUCAAGAUCAUUUAAUCAGGAAAAAGGAAAAUUCACUAAAAAUUGUUUAAUUGUUAUUGCAAAAAUGUUUGUAAUGCAGUCUCUAAUCAAAUUUAAAAUUCAAUUUUAAAUAUAACGGAAAUGAUUGAAAGAAAGAACUCAAUCAAGAAUAAAACUAUGGAGGAAAAAAGCCAAGACACAAGAAGGAAGAAUCCGAAUAUAAAGAUGAUGAUAUGGUUUUCGGUCUUAUCGCUUAAACAACUUGAAAUCAUCACAAUGACCAUAUUUUUCUAACAGAAUACUUAUUGGUGCGUAUGAGCAAUAUUAUUUCACAAAAAUUAAAUAUAAAGUAUACGUCUGUUAUUUAACCAUCCUAAAAAUCAAAAUUUUCAAAUAAAAUGUAUUUUAAUUUACAAA